GAGAGGACCGCACUUAGCUCCAGCCGCAAGGAGCAAUGCUGCACCGCGGAGCAGGAUCCUGGUUCCAGUCCCAGAGCAAACCCAGCGGAGCGGCUCUUACCACCCUCUUGCUGACAGUGUACACAAUUCUCUCUAAGGUGCAUUCUGAUCGAAAUGUUUAUCCUUCUGCUGGAGUUCUCUUUGUUCAUGUUUUGGAGAGAGAACAUUUUAAAGGAGAGUUUCCUCCUUAUGGAAAGCUUGGUGAGAUAAACAAUGAUCCCAUAACAUUUAAUACAAACCUAAUGGGCUACCCUGAUAGACCUGGCUGGUUGCGCUACAUCCAAAGAACACCAUAUAGUGAUGGUGUGCUCUACGGAUCACCAACUAUAGAAAACAUGGGCAAGCCAACCAUCAUUGAGAUCACUGCUUAUAACAGACGUACUUUUGAGACAGCAAGACAUAAUUUAAUUAUUAAUAUAAUGUCAACAGAAGAUCUUCUUUUGCCGUAUCAAGCAGAAUUCUUCAUUAAAAACAUGAAUGUAGAGGAAAUGUUGGCCAGUGAAGUUCUGGGAGACUUCCUUGGAGCUGUGAAAAAUGUAUGGCAGCCUGAGCGCCUGAAUGCCAUAAACAUCACGUCAGCUCUUGAUAGGGGAGGGAGAGUGCCACUUCCUAUUAAUGACAUGAAAGAAGGUGUCUAUGUUAUGGUUGGUGCAGAUGUUACAUUCUCUUCCUGCUUACGGGAAGUAGAAAACCCACAGAAUCAGCUGAGAUGCAGUCAAGAAAUGGAACCUCUAAUAACUUGUGAUAAAAAGUUUCGUACUCAGUUUCACAUAGAUUGGUGUAAAAUUUCUUUGGUUGAUAAAACACAGCAAAUUUCUACUUACCAAGAAGUGAUCCGCGGAGAAGGAAUAUUGCCAGAUGGUGGCGAAUAUAAGCCACCUUCUGAGAACCUGAAAAGCAGAGAUUAUUAUUCAGACUUCAUCAUUACUUUGGCAGUUCCCUCUGCAGUUGCACUGGUGCUUUUUCUAAUACUUGCUUAUAUUAUGUGCUGCCGGCGGGAAGGAGUGGAAAAGAGAAACAUGCAAACACCAGAUAUUCAGCUGGUCCAUCACAGUGCAAUCCAGAAAUCCACAAAAGAACUUCGGGAGAUGUCAAAAAACAGAGAGAUAGCAUGGCCACUCUCAACACUUCCUGUUUUUCACCCAGUCACUGGUGAGAUUGUACCACCUGUUCACCCAGACAAUUAUGACAAUACUAGCAUGCCACUGAUGCAAACACAACAGAACCUGCCUCAUCAGACUCAGAUUCCUCAGCAGCAAACAGAAGGUAAAUGGUAUCCCUGAGGAAAGAAAAUUUACAGAAGCAAUUAAUUUGUAAUUAAAUCAACCAAUUCAAGAUUUCAUUUCCUUAUUUGGUCCAUUGACACAUGAAUGUUUCUAAUGCAUGCCUACAGAAUAUUAUGACUUCAAAUAGUAUCAUUUCCGUAUUGUUACAUGUACUGUAUCUUUUUAUACUUAAAAUAUUUUCAACAAAUUUGUAAAAUACUAAUUUUUAUAUUAAUUAAAACAUUUAUAAGGCACUCAGCUAUUCAUUAUUCCAACUAGAUAUUGUUAAAGUAUUCUUCUUUUGUACUAUGUAACAAUGUCCAGUAUUCAUGUUAAGGUUUUGUUACUGUUAUCAAGAAAACUAAAAAGUGAAGUUAAAGCAUGUGGCAUUUUAAUUUCAUUUUGCAGUAUAAUUUUUUUCUGUCAUGCUUUGUAUAUGGAAAUUGUUAAAUCAGAAAGCUACCAAUACUAGAUGUUGUUAAUUAAGAAUAUAUUCUAUUCUUAGCACUGAUCUUGAUUUCCUCUGUGCUAUUAUUCCAUACUGUAUUUUCAGAAUGAAAAUGAAUUUAAGCAUUAUUUUCAUUAUUCCAGGUACAUCUAGUUUAAUGAAGUUAUUUUUAAUUGCAAUUUGUUAAAUAUUUCUAAUUCCUAAUGACCUCUCCCCAAAUUCAAAUAUAUUACAUAUUCUUCUGUUGCAGAUUCUAAAUAAAUUGGAGAUUCUAAAU